AUGGGUACGCAGGAUGCGCAAAGUAAGGAUGGAAGGGAAGGAACAGAAGGGAGGGACAGGCAAGAUGAGCAAGGCCCUCAUAGGAGAGGAGAUUCAAUCGGCACCGUCGACGAUUAUGACAUGCUAGGCGGUGAGGGGAUAGGUGAGAGCGAGUUAAAGGACAUGGACAAGGAGUUGGAGAGGAUGACAAAUAUAGGGGAUUUAAAAGGAAUGACAUCCGAGGAGUUUAGAGAGCUGAUGGGGGGCGACCUGGAUGGAGAGGGAAAACUAGGUGUUGAUUUCAAUCCGGCAAGGAAUUCCGAGCAGAAGAGAAACCUUCCUAGAUAUUCCCAAAUGAGUUUCCUGAACGAAGAUUUUCAGCUAAAGGAGGAUUCUCAUUUUACCAACUUGAAUUCAAAAUCAAGUCGAAAGAGAGACAGUCACUUAUCCUUUAGGAACAUGCGAAAUUCGUCCAUCUUUAAUUUAAGCGUAACGGAUGACAAUGGUAAGAGGUGGUCCCAUAAUUAUCAGUCAGGUGGGAAUGAGAAAUUUCAUGCUUCUCUUUCGCGCACCGAUAAUGCUUAUGAUAGUGAUUUGAUAACGCCGUCUCCGUCGAAGGUGGAGGGAGUUGGGGGGAGCUCAGACCUGGAGGCACAGAAGGGGGGAGCGAGGAAAAGUGAUACACGAAACGAUGCAGAGAGUGGGAGGCGUUCUAUUGAUAUCCUGGACGAGGAGCUCAAAAAAUUGAAGAGAGGAUUCCUUCUGAACAGCGGGGCAAACAGUCACAUGAGUGAUAAGUCGAAUGAAGAUUUGGUAGAGGGAGGAUACGCAAGCGAUUCUGAAUUUUUAAAAAGAAGCUCACUAGAGAAGAAAAUAAGUGUCGACCUGAAUUUCGGAAAUGAUGAUUCAUUAAAUAACAGUAGGUUAUCGAAUGGAAGUUACUCCCUAUGGGAAAGCAGAAUCAGUAGCUCCAGGAAGAUACGACUAAACAAUGAGACGCCAAAGAAAGGAAUUCUAAAACAGAGCAAUUCACUCUCCCCGGUGAAGGAAUUACCAGAGAAUAUUAGUGCACGAAAGAAGUCGGUGCAGUUUUCCCAUAGAUCUAUUGCUGUUUUCGAUGACAAAGAAAAAGUAUCACCUCUACAUCUAACUCAGUUUACUAGAAUUUCUAGCGAUUCUAAUAACUCCGAAAUGAAGCGGAAAAGUGCAUCUAACGAUUCUAGUUCCGAUAAAGAGAAGGUCGAUACAUUUCAUGAACAUUUAGCAAAUACCAUGGAUAAGUCUCCAAUAGAUGAGCUACUCUAUAGGUAUGAUAGCCUCAACGGUGCAAAGAGAAUUUCCAUGGAUUAUCCUACAGAUGGAAAUGCACUUAACGACUUUAACAGGAGAAUGUCUUCAGAAUCGGUACGUUUUAAAACAAAGACAUCAGUGGAUAUGGUUCAAUCGGCUCGGUUAUCCCCCAUUAAGAACAGAUCAAAAGGGGGGGGGGCUAAAAAGAGUAUCCAUCUGGAUAGAGACAAUGGUAAUGAGCAUGAGGAGGAUAUUCUCCAUAAGUUGCUAACAACAGAUAUUGAUAAUAUAAAGGAAGAGGAUUUCCUAAAGUUUAGCUUACUUAGCGAUUCGAAGGAGUUUAGAACUUACGAACAAGUAGAAGAGGGGGAGAUGUAUGAGAGGGCUCUCAGCGAGCGUUCCGACCGACCUCAAUCGCAGAAGGGUGCAGAGGCAGAUGGUGUAGAGGCAGAUGGUGCGGAGGCAGAUGAUGUGGAGGCAGAUGGUGUAGAGGCAGAUGGUGCAGAGGCAGAUGAUGUAGAGGCAGAUGGUGUAGAGGUAGAUGAUGCGGAGGAAUAUGCGGCGCAAGGCCAUCAGGAUGAUAAAUCUAUUCAGCGCAGAAAAGGAGAUAAAAGGGAAAUAUUUUAUGAAUGCAAUGACAGUACCGUUUCGGUUUGCAAGAGGGGAGCAUCAAAGUCGACGAAUCAAGAGGGGGCUAGGAGGAGCUAUAGGGUAAAGGAAGAGCAGGGGAUAGCUAGAAACCGACAGGAGGAGGAGGAUGACAAGGACGAUGAUCAGAUGGAUGGGAAGAAAUCGAUAAAUGGAGAAGCGGAGUGUAAGGAGGAGGAAGUUAGGGAGAACACUGAGGUGGACACUGUUGUUAGGAAGAGCAUCAUGGAGAAACUUCCCACCGAGGAAGAAGUGCUAUCCACGGAAAACGUGACCAUACAAUAUAGAGCAUCCACGCAUAGGCGCAGCGAACCCACGAGGAAUGUCAACACAGGGGAUGCUUCGACUCAGGAAGAUAAGAUAAAAAUGAACGAAGAUGAAAGAGGAAAUGUAAAAGAUGAUGAAGGUGAUGCGGCAAGUGGAGGUUACUUAGAAGGAGAGACACAGACGAAGAGUAGGCAAUCUAGCAGACAAUCGAAGAAGGGUGGCGAACCCAUUUUUAGACGAUUUCCUGAAGGUACAAAUGCCACCGAAGGGAAGACGAUUAGUAUAGUGGCAUCCCCCACGGAGGAGGGCAAAGGGGAGUUACAUCAAAACAGGUUUAAGGUAUCCAGGGCGAACAGGAGAGCUAGCUACAGUGUGAGUAUGCAUUCCAGGGAUGAGGAGGCGCAGGCAAAGUUCAGGGACAGGAAGAGUCUAAACGAAAAGGGGGGAGCGGUCCAGACGAAUAUGCAGGUGGAGAGAUUUUCGAGGAAACCCCAAGUGUCCGUAAUGGGCCAAGUGGAGAGAGUCGAAAAGAUCGGCAGAAUUUCCCAGGUUAUCGAAGCGAAUGAAUCGAAUGGAUUGAAUGGAUCGAAGGAAGUGAACGAAGCGAUGGAAGCGAACGAAGUGGGUGAAACGGGGGAGGAAAAUCUUAUGGAUGGAGUGGACGAAGUGGACGAAGUGGACGAAGUGGACGAAGUGGACGAAGUAGGAGAAGAAGAGAAAAUGGGUGAGAUGGACGCUGCGGAGGAAGAAAAGGAGGCUUUACUUCGAAAGGUGGAAUUGUUCAAUCGGGGGGGAGACCUGCAGUACACGCAGAGAAGGAUUUACGAAGGGGAGAAAGACCACAUGGGGGAGGACACGUACGGUGAAUAUGAUGCAGAGGAUGAGGGUCGGUUGCAGAUGGAGUGGGGGGAGACUGCAGAAUUGAAGGCAAGAGGAAGAUACACUACGCAUAUCGGAGAGGGAGGCUUCGGGGCAGAGUCCUGUGAUGAGGCGCAAGAAUUGGAGAACCACGCAAGGGCCAAUUCAGAUCAAGGGAAUUAUAAGAAGUACGUGUAUGAUGAGCAGGACAUGGGUGAACGGGAUGUGGAUGAACGGGGUUUGGAUGAACGGGGUUUGGAUGAACGGGGUUUGGAUGAACGGGGUUUGGAUGAACGAGGUUUGGAUGAACGGGAUGCGGAGGAGGGGAUCUUCGUGGAGGACGACUUGGACUUGGCACAGGAAGAGGAAGCUUUUUGCCGCGCCGACAUGAGUCCUUACAGGGAAGACGAAGCAACGCAGGGGGAGGAGACGGAGCAGAGAAAUCAACAGAACACCGAACAGAUGAACCGUCAAGAAGAGGCGCGAAGAAGAUGGACGGAACAGAAGCAGGAAUUGAAAAAAAAGUUAAGCGAAAAUUUAAUGAAAAAACAAGAAAUGAUAAAGCAAAUGACCUUAGGUAUUGUGAGAAGGUGUAGGAUAUACUCUCUUAAGGAGCUAAAGAGUAGGAAAAGAAAUUUAGCGAAUCUAAUGCAGUUGUAUGAACACAUAAGGGAUAUGAUGUUUUCGUUUGUCGGGAAGAUAAACCAUCUGAACAAUGUGAGUGUGAAGUUAGACGAUGCUAUUCUAAAGUACGAAGUAACACAGUUGAGGUGCAGUAGAACAAAAAAAGCAAUUGAGACACUCAAAAAAUACAAUGGAAAAAUGAAAAAGAAAAUAAUGGAAAAGAAAAACUUAUUGACAAAACAAAAUAAUGUGUUGAAUAAAAAAAUGAAAAAAAUAAAAGAGAUGACAGAACAAGUUACCAUGUUGAAAAAUCUAUACAAUGAAGGCUCUUCCAGAAAACAAGAAAUACAUUUAAUUGGUCUGUAUAAGAAGAAGAUGGAGGAACUGAAAAGUAUAGAAAUGCUUAAAGGUUUCAUCAUUAAUAAUUUUAAUAAAUACGGAAUUAAUUUUGAGCUACUGAACUGUAAUUAUUUUAAUUUUUCUACUUUAUAUAAUUACCAGGGUAUGGAUUCAUUUUUCCUUGGCGGGGGAGAUGCUCUGGUGAAUGGGUUUUGCUCGAACAGAGAGGAGGGUGUGUUUAAUGAGGGAGAAACCAGACAACAUCAACAGAAGGGUGACACCACAAGCGUUGUCGCAGCGGGAAUGACAGCUAGCACCAACGAGUUACCCCUUUCACAAGGAGAAAACCUUCGAAAAUGGAACAAGCAACAUUUGUAUGACAUAAGAGAUCUGUACGAACGAGAAUGCAAACUGAAAAAUCGUUAUAAGAAAGGGAAAGGGAAGAGGAAUGCAACUAUCCUGAACAGUAAAGUUUCUGAAGAAGAUAUGAAUUCUCCAUGGCCCUAUAACAUAACGGUCGACAUAAUUUUUUGCAACAUGAGCAACUCAGCGGUGCAGAGGGAGACAGACAAUUGUAUUAUUUCCUCUCCAGUGAAGAUAAAAAAUAUGAAACACCUUAUUGCUAAUAAAAUGCAUCUCUUGGGUGGAGAAAACGGAGGAGUGGGUGGCACCUCCGCGGAGGCAAGUAGAAAGUACAUGAAACUUUUUCGACCAUACAAAAUACAAAUGAACUCCUUCGAAAUUUUUAAAGACAUCUCAUUAACAACGUACUACAAAUACAUAAAUAGUGAGAACCUAUACUUUCACAUCUGGAACAAGCGACACGACAGGGAGAGUUACUCCUUAAGGGUGAACAAUUUACAAAACGAUGGAAGACAGAAGAGGAGAAAGCACGUUCAGCUUUUCAGAAAAAAUAUCGAGAAUUACUCCUACUAUUGUAGUGACAGCCACAUCGGCGUGGAGUGGAAAUUACAACUCGAAAUUGUUAAAUAUAAGCUAUUGGAAGUGGUUAACAGAAGGUUGCAGAGGUAUACCAACCGGGAGAGUGGCAAUCUCAUCAGCGGCAAUGCGAACAACCUCCACCAUCGCCACGUCAACGCGAAUGAACCACGCUUCCAACAGAAGGCGGAGGCCUCCACACCCAAGCCAAACAGGGAGGCCCUCAUGUACCUCGUGGAGGAAGCAGAAUACGCAAGCAUCAUCCUCAAUAACAUCUUGAGUCAGUACAAGCAUCUCCUCAAGUGCUUCUUCUGUAUGUCCAACACAUUUUUCGAUUACCACCAACACGUGGUCAUUUUCAAGACAAUGGUUUUGUCUCAGGAGAUUCGUCCUCACGCAUUUUGGCUCUACCUCUACAUCAAUCUGGAGGAAGCCUUUAGCUUCGCCUCGUUGCUCCACGGCAUCGUCCAGGUGAAGGUGGAAAGUGUCGACGAGGAGGACAAGUACAACGAGGAUUGCAAGACACUCAAUGGCAACAUCGUCAAGACUCUACAGCAGUGCAUCUUCGCACUCAAGUCCAAACCCCUGGAUCUCUCCGAGAGGAUAAACUCGUACAACAUCGUCGAUGUCAUCUAUGCCGUCGUCAUGAAUGAGAAUUACAACUUCCACAGCUACCAGAACAAUUUGCAGGAUAACAUAAAAAAGUUGAUGUCCUGCGAUACGUUCAUAAACGGUGUUGUGAGUAAGAACAUCGUGGUCCCGAUAGAAAAUAAAGAGUGA